CUCCCGCUGGAGGACGCUGGCUACAUCACUAGUGAUUGAAAAUGAGUUCCACAGUCUUUGAUAGGACGCCAGUCCCUGAAGGAAAGGUCACCAUCCCGGAAGGGAGCUAUGGUGUUCCUAACCGGAUGCUCUAUGGUUUACAGAGUGCCAAGGAAAAGAUUGCUCCGGCACAUCCCCUCGAGUCUACCGAGAAAAUGCAUCGCGAGCCAGCGAAUCACAUCGACUUGAACAUGCUCAGAAGAACACAGGGUAUGCAUGCACCGCUGAGACUACAGAUGGAAAUAAGGGCAGCCAGCAAGAUUCGGAGAUUGCCUUGUAUAUCCAGUUCAAAUUUAAUGCUGGACACAGUGCUAGCAAGAGAUGAUGUUAUCACGUGGGAUGACGUCCUUAACAAUCCUGCAGAUGCUGAGAUGAUGCUUGACCCAUAUCUGAUGAUGGAGAAGAAGCUGGGAAUCCUCUAACUCACUCACCUCUCGUAACAUAAAAUAAACGCCUAUAGUUUGUUGUCACAAACUGCUGUCCCCUCCCGAGCAUAUAUUGCUGAUCCAUUGCUCUCUAUUCACGUUGCCGUUGCAUCCUGCGUUAAUUCUGCAUCAUUACAGAUUGUUCGACUUGGAACUCGUUGAUUGAGUUAGCUUCCCCUUUCAUGACAAUUAAUAAUCUUCACAUUUUCAGUCUCGAUAUUGAACGUUUAUUGUAUGGCUGAUCUGUUUGUAUGAAUAAAUGUGCAGUGAUGGUGUGAUACCAAAUAGA